AUGAUCUACCUUGAGGGGGACAUUGUGUACAAUGUCACUGAUGGCAUGGGGUGGUGUUAUAUGGCAUAUUGCAAUUCAUCUUGUCAAAUUGAGAAACACUCAGUUCCGUGUCCUACAACACCAAUGCCGGGCACCACCACAGGAUUCAACACCACUGGGACCACACUUUUAGAAUUAGUUUCUCCCACCACAACUUCUUUUUCUACUUCCAUUUCAUCAACAACCCUGUCUACAACUACCAUGGACUGUAAUUCUGUAUCUCCAACAAGAAAGAAUGGAGAGAACUGGAGGGUUGACAACUGUACCACUGCUACAUGCACCAAUGGCAAUGUCAAAGAGACACCUGAUCCUUGUCCCACAGUGGAACAACCCAUCUGUGCUAAUGGGCGUAAAGCUGUUCAGGUUAAUGAUAAAAACGGAUGCUGUUUCCACUAUGAAUGUGAAUGUGUGUGCAGUGGCUGGGGUGGAUCCCACUACAUGACAUUUGAUGGAACAUCAUACAGUUUCAACAUGAAAUGCUCUUACUACCUGGUUAAAGAGAUUAUUACCAAAUAUAACCUGGCUAUUAUAGUAAACAAUCAUGACUGUGAUCCUUCAGACAGCACAUUCUGUCCCCAGGAUCUCACAGUUAUAUACGGAUCCAAUAAGAUAGUUUUGACUCAGUUGAAGACUUCAAAUGGAACAACUAAUGUGGUAUAUGUGAAUGAGAAACGAAUCUAUCCAGCCUUCUGUGAUUCUACCAUGAGCAUUACUAGCACAGACAUGGUCAUCACAUUGGACAUACUGGAUAGUAACGUAAACGUGGUCUACAGGGGUGGCUCAUUCAGCAUCAGCCUUCCCUAUUCCCUCUUUGGUGGAAAAACUGAGGGACAGUGUGGGACCUGUGACAACUCUCAGAAAAACGACUGCCGUCCACCCAAUGGCCAGGCCGGAGACUGCCCAGACACCGCAGGCCAGUGGCAGGUCCCAGGUACACCCUGUAUAACCCCUACAACCCAGCCAACCUUUACAGCACCCAGGACCACCCCACAAACACCACACUCAACAACGGCGCCCAUUUGCAGACCCGCCAUCUGUGAUCUCCUAACCUCUGGUGUAUUUGCUCCGUGCCAUGAAGUCAUACCCCCUGGACCAUUUGUGACAUCCUGUUCUUCUGACAUUUGUAAUGGCCUCAAUAACACCUGCUCCAGCCUGGAGGCCUAUGCUACUCAGUGCUCUAACGCAGGAAUUUGUAUAGACUGGAGGACCUCUACCGAUGGGCAGUGUGAACGCCAGUGUCCAAGCAACAAAGUGUUCAUGGCUUGUGGACCCAGUGUAGAGCCUACAUGCAAUAGCAGAUACAACGAGAAGUUCCAGACAAGUAACAAGACAUCUACAAACUCCACUAAGGAGGGCUGCUUCUGUCCUUCUGGCACCACCUUAUUUAACACAGUCUAUGACACAUGUGUUACGUCCUGCGAUUGUGUUGGACCUGAUGGACAACCCAAAGAGCCUGGUGACACAUGGACAAGUGAAUGCAACACCUGUGUGUGUGACAAGGAUUCCAUGAGCAUCCAAUGUGAGCCUAUUCAGUGCCCAUCGGUAGAGAGUCCUGACUGCAGCUUGCCUGGCCAGCAGCUGGUCAACAACACAGACGGCUGCUGCUCAACACCUGCAUGUGAAUGCAAUGUAAACCUGUGCCCCCCACCUAUCACCUGCCCGCUGGGCUUUGGGCUCAGCGCUACCAGUGGCACUUGCUGCCAGUCCUACGAGUGCGUUCCUAAAGGUGUGUGCGUCUAUAAUAUGGCUGAGUACCAGGUAAGCACACAGUUCAAACCUGAGACAACAAUCUGUCAAGCUUCAGGGACCUGUGACAACUCUCAGAAAAACGACUGCCGUCCACCCAAUGGCCAGGCCGGAGACUGCCCAGACACCGCAGGCCAGUGGCAGGUCCCAGGUACACCCUGUAUAACCCCUACAACCCAGCCAACCACUACAGCACCCAGGACCACCCCACAAACACCACACUCAACAACGGCGCCCAUUUGCAGACCCGCCAUCUGUGAUCUCCUAACCUCUGGUGUAUUUGCUCCGUGCCAUGAAGUCAUACCCCCUGGACCAUUUGUGACAUCCUGUUCUUCUGACAUUUGUAAUGGCCUCAAUAACACCUGCUCCAGCCUGGAGGCCUAUGCUACUCAGUGCUCUAACGCAGGAAUUUGUAUAGACUGGAGGACCUCUACCGAUGGGCAGUGUGAACGCCAGUGUCCAAGCAACAAAGUGUUCAUGGCUUGUGGACCCAGUGUAGAGCCUACAUGCAAUAGCAGAUACAACGAGAAGUUCCAGACAAGUAACAAGACAUCUACAAACUCCACUAAGGAGGGCUGCUUCUGUCCUUCUGGCACCACCUUAUUUAACACAGUCUAUGACACAUGUGUUACGUCCUGCGAUUGUGUUGGACCUGAUGGACAACCCAAAGAGCCUGGUGACACAUGGACAAGUGAAUGCAACACCUGUGUGUGUGACAAGGAUUCCAUGAGCAUCCAAUGUGAGCCUAUUCAGUGCCCAUCGGUAGAGAGUCCUGACUGCAGCUUGCCUGGCCAGCAGCUGGUCAACAACACAGACGGCUGCUGCUCAACACCUGCAUGUGAAUGCAAUGUAAACCUGUGCCCCCCACCUAUCACCUGCCCGCUGGGCUUUGGGCUCAGCGCUACCAGUGGCACUUGCUGCCAGUCCUACGAGUGCGUUCCUAAAGGUGUGUGCGUCUAUAAUAUGGCUGAGUACCAGCCUGGAGCCACGAUACUAACAUCACAUACACCACCGGAAUCACCAUUAGAGGAACCAGGAACAACAGCCGCACCAUCAAAAUCAGAAGCAACAACACCGGAACCAACAUCAAACGAGCCCUUUAAACCUGGGCCCUGCCAGGACUGUUCCUGUGGCCCCCAAAUGGAUCCCAACACCAAGUUGAACAUCAUUGACUGCAAACCUGUUGUCUGCAACAAAAACUGCACCGAUGGUUAUGAAUAUCAGACUGAUCCUGACAAGUGCUGCGGAACCUGUGUUCAGAAGAGCUGUGUUGUCACCACACCUGACAGUACAACACAUAUCAUUGAGGUCAACAGCACUUUUGUACCCACUAAUGACAACUGUCUGGAGUAUAGCUGCGAGAUUAUCAAUGGACAGCUUUCUACCAAAGAGACCAGGACCACGUGUCCUCCCUUUAACCCCUCGGACUGUGUACCUGGCACUAUAACAACUGAUGCUAAUGGAUGCUGCAAAACCUGUAAGAUACAGAGUGUCUGUGAACUCCAGAGUGAGCAGUCAGUCAUCGAGGUGAACGGCUGUAAGAGCGCACAGCCAGUCAAACUUACAUCCUGUGCUGGGCACUGUGGAAGCUCAUCCAUGUAUUCUGCAGCAACUAACAAGAUGAUGCCCCAGUGUGAGUGUUGCAAAGAGGCCACCACCAGUGACCGGCAGGUAGAGCUGAUCUGCGCUGAUGGCUCCAAGCUCAUGCACUCCAUCAUCGUAGUGGAGACAUGCAGCUGCAACAAAGUAGAGUGUACUGCAUGGACAACAUCCAAACCAUAGGACAACGCAAAACGAUGACCAGCCGCUCACCGUUCUACACCGGACUGUAACCUUAAAAAACACUAAGCAAGACUUAACCUCAGUCUUAUUUUUCUCUGGGUUUAUUUUCUAAAACCCAAAUUGUGCUCCUUUUCAUUGUCACAACAUGUUACUGUGAUGUAAACUCGCUUCAUCUUGGGAUUUCUGGUGACUAUUAUUAAAAUUAUAUUUCUGCAACAUGACCACUUGCAUUACUGUUCUUAUUCAUCACUUGGAAACAAUGAAUAUUAACAAAGAACCCAAAACUUAACUACACUGUGUAUUCUAAGCAAAUGGUAAUGCAGUUUGCUUGUUUCACAAAUGUUUUGAUGACUGCCAUUUUAAGGUUUAGCUAAUAAUGGUGUCUGGAAGCUCUUGUUGUCUAGUUGAUGGCACCAUGGGUCACACAACACCAUAUGUUCAAAAGCUCAUUAGCAAAUAUGAACAUACACAAUUUCACUGUUUAGCGCCAACAAAUCUAAUAUCUUCUAAAGUGCUAAGACCUACAGAUCAUUUUGGCAAUGAACUGAAAAUAAUCCCAUGGCACAAAAUAAAAUGAAUCAAAGUAGUGAUAUCACUGGAAUCAGUGAAAAGCCACUAGGAGACAACUAAUUUUAAACAAAACCUAUGGCAGACAGCACAUCAACAACAAAAUCUUGUAAAUUACAAGUGUCAAUAGAAAGCUAUACAAACUACAUCACAUAUAAACACUGUGGAUGGUGUCAGAA